CUCGUUUGCUCGAACAGUAGCAGAAUAAUAACUUGACAGGUAAGCGAAUUCGCGCGUACAAAGUUGGAAAUAGUUUCAUCGCGCGCUCCAACGACCGUAAUCCGUGAGACGUUGGGAACAAGGAAAAUUAUAAGUUGAAAAAGUAACAAUUAAAAACAGGAGUAAUCAUGGUCAAGGGUGUAACUUUUGUGUUCAGAGACCAUCAUCAUGUCGGUCUACGAAAGAAAAUUAUUGAAAUACAAGAUUGGAAAUUUCAUGAGUUAGAAGAUGAAGGAUACUAUAAUGAUAAGGGAAAAGGAUACAAUUCAACAAAGAAUCUGCUUUCCGACGAAUCCGAUGAAUCCGUAGAAUCCGAUGAAUCCGAAGAAUCCGAUAUCAAAUUUCUUAAUGCUUGUGAAAAAGGCUACAUUGAUUUCGUUCAAAUGAAUCUGAUGGCAAAAAAGGUGAAUAUCAAUGCCCAAUAUAAGUCCAAACAACCAUCUACACCUUUGCACAUAGCCAUUCACAAUUCUGAUAUCGAACUGCUCGAGUUACUCUUGAAAUAUAAAGCGGAUCCGUGUGUAGAAGACACAGGUAAAAUGACCACAGCAUUGCACCGCUUGUGUUUGUCAAUAUCAAAGGUGAUGUCGAGUAGACAACGUGAUUGCAUAUUGAACAUGAUUAAAUUGGUGUUGAACUAUCAAACUAACGUUAACAAAGAAGACAAGUUGCAUGUUGCCCCGGUUUUUGGACUUUUUGAUUAUCAGGUUCAUAAGAACACAUUCGACAGCGAAGACAAGAGGAAAAUGUUUCAGUACCUUCAAAAAGACAUUUUAAAAAUGCUUUUGGAAGCCGGUGUCGAGGUUACAUCUCAAAGCAAGCAAGAGAGGACAUUGCUCGAUUUGGUCAUAAGCUCCUGUUCGUCUCGCGACGGUGUCGUUCAAAUUGAAAUGCGAGACGAAGUCGGCAUGGAAAUGAUCGAAUUAUUGUUGGAACACGAAGUAGAUGUCACGGCUAAGAGCCGAUGCGUAGAAAUGCGUGAAUUUUAUUCACCCCUUCACCUGGCCGUUAAUCGUUAUAACUUUGACGCCGUAAAAAAAUUGUGCCAACUUCAUCCUAACGUCUCAACGAUUCGGUUCAACAAGUUACUUUUGAACGAUAGACCCAGGCAUGUGAUGCCCACUGCAGAGAUAGCGCUCAAUCUUAUAAACAUCAUGAUGACUUUGAAUGACAAUAAUUACCAAUUUAACGUCAGCAAAGACUUAGCAAUGAUUGAUUUCUUGAUCGGAACUGAUGACGUAUACUAUGGUCCAAAACAAUUUCUUAGUGUGUUGGCAUUUGGUUCCUUGGAAAGAAUACGGAAAUUUUUUGAUUUGGCGCUUUCUCGCGAUGAAGAACACCUAAUUAAAACGACUCGCAAGUACCUCGCAAUCGUGCGCAAAUGUGAGAUGUACAAAAGUCAAGAAAUGAUGGAUUUUUUGUUGAAAAAGGCAAACGUCGUCGAAGAUUCGAAAAACUACUUGGAUGAUUUCAACAUUGAUCUCGAACUGCAAAGAAUGAAGAGCCUAAAAAUCAGCAAAAAAGCAUCUCUGUACGACGUUUGCAAGCUCCAUCCGAAACAGGCAUACUUCGAUGUUUUGAUCAAUUCGGACUAUAGAUCGAUCGUUAGGUCGGCCGAGUUCGAUCAAAUGUUCCCAGAGUGCGCUAGAAUCAUCAGAGGACACCUGGUGCGAGCCGAAGUCAACGCAUGGUGCGAUCUUUCUGUCGUAACACUUGCCGAGCUUCAUUAUGAUCUUACUGACGCUGCCUCUCAGCAACUGAUCAGCUACGCGAGCUACGAGGAUAAGUUGUCUUGGGCCAAGCAGAUUCAAGCUCUAACAAAGGACGUUUACUAGAAUAUUGACCUUUGCUCUUAAAAAAUAAAUUUUUAAAAUAUCAACGAAAGAGAUCAACUUUUUACGAAUAUUGUAAUACAAUGUUGGAAGAAUAUUGUAAAUUUUAUGCCAAUUCAUAAGUGUAAUAACUAAAAUGGAAUCUUUUCUCUCUGCUGUUACGAUUUCAAAUUAGCUAAAUUUCGAUGAAUUUAAUAUAGGCACAAUGCCUAGUGAGAUUUUUUAUCUUUUAAUGAAUUUUUAUCAAUGCAUAGUUGUAACUAUGCAAAAAAUUAACAUGAAACA